AUGUUCCACUUUGAGCGAUGGCUGUAUGCAGCAAGUGGCUUCUCCAUUAAGCAGUUCGAUGUAAUCAGCGAAAGCAGUCAAAAGCCAGUAGUUUAUGAAGUAAAUGAAACACUGGGGAAAAUGGAACGGAUCUUUUUGCUGUACGGACAGGUCCAGUCAAGAGUGUUUGCACGAAGCAUUUUAUGGCAAGACUAUAAGAUUAUGAGAGCAAAAUGCAUGAUCAAGCUAACUCCACGGUGCAAGCCGCUAUUUUUGGACUCGCCGUUGUAA